UAUUAGGUUUUACACCGUGACGUCAUUUGACAGCUCGCGUGCACUGUUUACAUAGACUUAGUCGCGUUCGAACGGAAAGUGCUGGGUAUUUUUUUUAUUCAAAAUCAGCCGAAAUUACAAAAGUCAGGUGGAAACCGAAGGCGAAGUGGGCGGCAAACUUGUCUACAUGCUCGCUGAACCCGAACGAAAACGAAGCCGUGCUGCUGACGGAGAUGGUCAAGCAAUGCCUUGUUCCGACGCUCUGCCUGGAAUGACCGAUCACCAAGGACAUGCAAGUCCCAGAAAACUACCGCACCGUCUUCCGACCGCUUAUGCUCCAGCUCCAGCUCCCGAGGACAUGGUCAAGUUCAAUCUCGAGCGCUGCAACCUCGCCCUCCUCCACCAGCAGAAAACCGGCAGACUCUUCAUCGUCCUGUUUGAGAAGAAAAAGAAGCUGCUCUCGGAGGUACUACCAGUUCGUACUAAUUUGAACCAAGGACAAACUGUCCUUUUCCGUCAGGCCCACGUCAAGAAUCGACAACGGAAAACCUCCGAGAGCAGCUUCUUUUUCUUCUCAAACAGGACGAUGAAGAGUCUGCCGGUGUUCUGCUGGUGGAGGAGGGCGAGGUUGCAGCGCUCGAGAUUGAACUUGACCAUGUCCUCGGGAGCUGGAGCUGGAACAUAAGCGGUCGGAAGACGGUGCGGUAGAUUUCUGGGACUUGCAUGUCCUUGGUGAUCGGUCAUUCCAGGCAGAGCGUCGGAACAAGGCAUUGCUUGACCAUCUCCGUCAGCAGCACGGCUUCGUUUUCGUUCGGGUUCAGCGAGCAUGUAGACAAGUUUGCCGCCCACUUCGCCUUCGGUUUCCUGCAAUGAAUU